AGCUUCUACAAGGUGCUGAGCGCCGAGCAGAAGGCCAAGGCGCUGAGGGGACAGUACAACUUCGACCACCCGGAUGCUUUUGAUAAUGAUUUGAUGCAUACAACCCUGAAAAAUAUCGUUGAGGGGAAAACAGUUGAAGUACCAACGUAUGACUUUGUGACCCACUCUAGGCUGGCAGAGACAACAGUGGUCUAUCCCGCUGACGUUGUCCUCUUUGAGGGGAUCCUGGUUUUCUACAAUCAAGACAUUCGGGACAUGUUCCACCUCCGGCUCUUUGUGGACACAGAUUCUGACGUCCGGCUGUCCCGCAGAGUUCUGCGAGAUAUGAAACGUGGGAGGGACCUUGAGCAGAUCCUCACCCAGUACACCACGUUUGUCAAGCCUGCCUUUGAGGAGUUCUGCUUGCCGACAAAGAAGUAUGCAGAUGUGAUUAUCCCCCGAGGAGUUGACAACAUGGUUGCUAUAAACCUGAUAGUGCAGCACAUUCAAGACAUCCUAAACGGAGACAUCUGCAAGUGGCAGCGAGGGGCAAUGAACGGACACGGUCGGACCUACAAGCGCCCAUUCCCUGAACAAACGGAGAGCAGCAGCGUGCUGGCGGCCGGCAAACGCUCCCACCUGGAGUCCAGCAGCCGUCCACACUAA